UCCGGGAUGGAAUAGUGCUUAAGACUUCCAAUUCCCGUUUUCAGUUGGGUGAAGUGGUUAGGGCUGAAGAGGGAAGGUUGGAGUCAAACAACUUAAUUCAAAUAUCUGGGAACGAUUUCGCGCUCCUCAAGACCUUCUAGAAUUUGUAGUUCCACUCCAGGGACGGACUCGGCGACUGACAGCUGCCGGAAGUGAGGCUGCGCGGAAUGGCCGCCGCUGCGACCAUGGCGGCAGCUGCCCGAGAGCUGAUGUUGCGGGCUGGGGCCUCAGAUAUGGAGGAGGAGGAGGGCCCGCUGGGGGGUGGUCCUGGUCUUCAGGAGCCAUUGCAACUUGGAGAGUUGGACAUCUCCUCUGAUGAAUUCAUCCUGGAUGAAGUGGAUGUUCACAUUCAGGCAAAUCUGGAGGAUGAAUUAGUAAAGGAAGCUCUUAAAACGGGCGUGGAUCUCCGACACUAUUCAAAGCAGGUUGAGCUGGAGCUACAGCAGAUUGAGCAGAAGUCCAUUCGGGAUUAUAUCCAAGAGAGUGAGAACAUAGCAUCUCUGCACAACCAGAUUACAGCCUGCGAUGCUGUUCUUGAGCGCAUGGAGCAGAUGUUGGGAGCUUUUCAGAGUGACCUCAGCUCUAUCAGCUCUGAGAUCCGGACACUGCAGGAACAGUCAGGAGCCAUGAACAUUCGGCUUCGAAACCGCCAGGCAGUUCGGGGGAAACUUGGGGAACUUGUCGAUGGUCUGAUAGUGCCCUCUGCUCUGAUCACGGCAAUUCUGGAGGCCCCAGUGACAGAGCCCAGGUUCCUGGAACAGCUACAGGAACUGGAUGCCAAGGCAGCUGCAGUCCGAGAGCAGGAGGCUAGAGGCACAGCGGCCUGUGCAGAUGUCAGAGGCAUACUCGACCGGCUCCGGGUCAAGGCAGUGACGAAGAUCCGAGAAUUCAUCCUGCAGAAGAUUUAUUCCUUCAGAAAACCAAUGACCAACUAUCAGAUCCCCCAGACGGCACUGCUGAAAUACAGGUUCUUCUAUCAGUUUCUACUGGGCAAUGAACGAGCAACAGCAAAGGAGAUCAGGGAUGAAUAUGUGGAAACACUGAGCAAGAUCUACCUGUCUUAUUAUCGCUCUUACCUGGGGCGGCUCAUGAAAGUGCAGUACGAGGAAGUGGCUGAGAAGGAUGAUCUAAUGGGCGUGGAAGACACAGCAAAGAAAGGAUUCUUCUCGAAGCCUUCCCUCCGCAGCAGGAACACCAUCUUCACCCUGGGGACUCGUGGCUCUGUCAUCUCCCCCACUGAACUGGAGGCCCCCAUCCUGGUGCCCCACACUGCACAGCGGGGAGAACAGAGGUAUCCCUUCGAGGCCCUCUUCCGCAGCCAGCACUAUGCCCUCCUAGACAAUUCCUGCCGUGAAUAUCUUUUCAUCUGUGAAUUCUUUGUUGUGUCUGGCUCAGCUGCGCACGAGCUCUUCAAUGCUGUCAUGGGCCGUACACUCAGCAUGACCCUGAAACACCUGGAGUCCUAUCUCACUGACUGCUACGAUGCCAUUGCUGUUUUUCUCUGUAUCCACAUUGUUCUCCGAUUCCGCAACAUUGCAGCGAAGAGGGAUGUUCCUGCCCUGGACAGGUACUGGGAGCAGGUGCUUGCCUUGCUCUGGCCACGGUUUGAGCUGAUCCUGGAGAUGAACGUCCAGAGUGUCCGAAGCACUGACCCUCAGCGCCUUGGGGGGCUGGAUACUCGGCCCCACUAUAUCACACGCCGAUAUGCAGAAUUCUCCUCUGCUCUUGUCAGCAUCAAUCAGACAAUUCCCAACGAGCGGACGAUGCAGCUGCUGGGACAGCUACAGGUGGAAGUGGAGAAUUUUGUCCUCCGAGUGGCAGCUGAGUUCUCCUCAAGGAAGGAGCAGCUGGUGUUCCUGAUCAACAACUACGACAUGAUGCUGGGUGUGCUGAUGGAGCGGGCUGCAGAUGACAGCAAAGAGGUUGAGAGUUUCCAGCAGCUGCUCAAUGCUCGGACGCAGGAAUUCAUUGAAGAGUUGCUGUCUCCCCCUUUUGGAGGUCUGGUGGCAUUUGUGAAGGAAGCGGAGGCUUUGAUUGAGCGUGGACAGGCUGAGCGGCUUCGAGGGGAAGAAGCCCGGGUUACUCAGCUGAUCCGUGGCUUUGGUAGUUCCUGGAAAUCAUCAGUGGAGUCUCUGAGUCAGGAUGUAAUGCGGAGUUUCACCAACUUCAGAAAUGGGACCAGUAUCAUCCAGGGAGCUUUGACCCAGCUGAUCCAGCUCUAUCAUCGGUUCCACCGUGUGCUCUCUCAGCCCCAGCUCCGAGCUCUCCCUGCCAGGGCUGAGCUCAUCAACAUUCAUCAUCUAAUGGUGGAGCUCAAGAAGCACAAGCCCAACUUCUGAUGUCUCGGACCCUGGGAUCCACCGGCCUUCUCCAUGGACCCUAUCCCAGACUCUUCUUCACCUGGGGUUUCCUUUCCAGUUCUCCCUCUGCCUCCCAGGUCCUUGACAUGCCUCACCCUGCCUUCAUUCCCCGGACCCUGCCUUAUCAGGAUAAGCUGAAUUUCCUUGUUUUCAGGUUCCCAGGACCACUUCCCCCUGGCCUUCCAAAACACCUUUAUCAUUUUCCCUAUUUCAUUCGCCAUCCUUCCCCCACACACAUACACCCAAGUUUUCUUUCCCCAGUAAAACCUUCACUGCCUUGGUCUCUGGUUUACUCAACUCUUGUCACCAUGUCCUGAGUCACAAAAGCCCCAGCUCUUGGAAUUGAUGGCAAGGUGAAACUGCCUCCAAGUCAUUGAUUCUUCUCCCCUGGCCCCACCCCCAGUGUUUUGUUUUUUGUAGCUUUUUUUUUCUUUUAAUAUUUAUUUUUGAGAGAGUGUAAGUGUGGGAGGGGCAGAGGUGGGGGGACAGAGGAUCCAAGCGGGCUGUGCACUGACAGCAGCAACCUGAUGCAGGGUUUGAACUCACGAACCAAGAGAACAUGACUGAGCCACCGAGGUGCCCCUUUUCUAUGGCUUUUUGACCUAAGAUCUCAGCAACUUGAACACUAACCAAUCCCCUCCUGGCUUGAGAGUUACUCCAAGGUCAGUUUGCAGAAAACAAUAAAUAUUUAAUAUGACGUAA